AUGAUGUUGUUACCACUUGGAAUGCUCGCUUUGGUGAGCUUGCUUGCACAGUCCGCCACAGCUAUGCUAGGGGAAUUGCCGGAGGGAUAUGUUCCAGGACACAUUGCUCGCACCACCGCUGGUGCGAGAUACAUUGCAGAGAAAAGUGUAAGCUAUGUACCGGAUCGACACACUUCGCACGGCUUGGGGCGGAGGAGGUCGAUAUGGCAAGUGUUAUUCGGCGAAAACAAAGAUGGGAUGAGGCGGAGGGCAGUCCCUUCAUCCCGGAUUCUUUCUCGUCGACCGAGUACCCGCAUCUCCCCCCGCAAACGCUCAUGUAAAGCUCGCUCUUCGAACUCCACCACCUCAUCCUCCGCCAGUUCAUCAUCUUCUUCUCCCUCAACUCCAACGGGGGCUCCGGAGGAUAGCAAAACGGGCACAAAUAAAAUCAUGGCUGGCUAUUGGGCCGACUGGACCUCAUCCACCUUCCCCGUCACUUCUAUAGACUACACCAAGUUCGACAAUCUCAACUACGCUUUUGCUAUCCCCACCUCCAACCUCGACCUCUCCAUCCCCACCGACCCCUCCGGCAACCUUCUUCGCAGGUUCGUCAAAGCUUGUAAAGCGGGAAACACCAAAGCGUUGCUCUCCAUUGGUGGGUGGGGUGGAUCAACGUACUUCUCCCUUGCUGUACGCACCGCAAGUGCUCGAGCUACUUUGAUUGGGAACAUCAUAAAGUACUACAACACUUACUCACUCGACGGUAUCGAUCUCGAUUGGGAAUAUCCAGGUCAAGUUGGAGCGGGAAAUCACUUAGAUCCGAGCGACACAGCAAACUUUCAAACUUUCCUCACUCAACUUCGUGCAGCAUUACCCCAAGGAGCACUCAUUACAGGAGCAGUAAGCCAUACUCCGUGGAGAGCAAGUAGCGGUCAUCCAGUAGCCAGUGUCGCCCGUGCAGCUGCAGCUAUGGAUUAUAUCAUGAUCAUGAACUACGAUGUUUGGGGAUCCUCCGCUAAUCCUGGCCCCAACGCACCACUGGCGAAUCUUUGUGGCAACUCAACCCAACCUCAAGCAAGUGCUGCGGCAGGAGUAAAAGCUUGGUCUGCUGCUGGUAUGCCCCGUAAUAAAAUCCUCCUUGGCAUUCCUGCUUAUGGAUACAUCAACACUUCCAGCAAGAAGACACUAAAACAGAAACGCGCGGUACAAUUGACUUCAAUGGACGCCUCCACCUCGUCCGGCCAAAUCAGUUUCUCCACCCUAGUUAAUCAAGGAGCUUUAAAGCUAGGAGCAGAGGCAUUGUACCAUGGCAGUGGAGGCUGGGUCAAAUACUGGGACGAUUGCUCGGACACGCCCUUCUUGAGCGAUGGGAACAAGGUAGUAACAUACGAUGAUACAAGUAGUAUCUAUGAUAAGGGAGCUUUUGUAGGUAAAGCCCGGAUUGGUGGGGUGAGUAUGUGGAGUUUAGAUGGCGAUACGAAGGAUUGGGCCUUGACGAAUAGUGUUAUUGCUGGUAUGAGCUCGAGCUGA